AUGGCGGGAGCCCCGCCCCCUUCCCCCUCCCCUCGCACCGCCUGCUACCAGCGCGCGUGCGCGGGGCGCGCCCCCGUCUCUGUCGCCGGCCCCCAGCGCGCCUGCGCGGGGCGCGCUCCCGCGGAACCGCGAGAUGUCCCCGUGGGAAGGGACCCGCGAGGAUCGGGGGUGUCCCCGUGGGAAGGGACCCGCGAGGAUCGGGGAUGUCCCCAGGAAUGUCCCGGUGGGAAGAGGCACUCCAGGCUCAUCCAGCCCCGCACAGGACACUGCGCGGGCCUGGCGGGUCACGGAGCGUCCCGCGUGGGAACACGGGGCCGCAGUUACCGGGUGACAGAGCCGCCCGCGCGACAGUCCGUGCGUCGGCCCCGCCGUUGGCACGGUGCGACACGGGAGCCCAACCGCCGUGCUGCUCGCCAGGGGGGAGGUGACACCUGGGGCUGGCACUGCGUUGGCAGCCCCUCGGCGACAAAUCUGCAGCCGCGCUCCGUGGCCAUGCUGCGGUGCCACGUGGUCGCCGUCCACAUUCCCGGGGCCACCGGCUUCGGUCCCGGUGUCCAACUCUCCGUCUGCUUCCGAGGCGUCCUCAGAAGAACCCAGGUGGUGCCCGAGGAGAGCAGCCUCACCUGGAAUGAGGAGCUGGUGUGGCCUCUGGACACGUGUCCCCUGAGUGCCACGGACACACUUAACCUGCGUCUGCGGCGCUGGGACUGCCCCCUGCCCCAGGGAGACCUAGGUUCCACCAUGGUGUCACUGGACAAGUUGGUGGCCAACCCCAGCCUGCCGAUGGCCAUCAGGGACAUCCCGCUGCUGAACCACCGGGAACUGCCAACGGGGUGCACCGUCACCUUCCGCUGCUACUAUGACCCGCACGGCACGGCCGGGUUUGUCCCUGUCACCACGCACGGACAGGUGGCACUGGAGCCACCGGCGAUGGCCCCUGCAGACAGGAAGGAGGAUUUCCAGGUCCGGGUGAGGGUCAUCAAGGGCCGCCAGCUGCGGGGCAAUGACAUCAAACCCGUGGUGAAGGUCCAGAUCGGGAAGCAGAGCUUCCGCACCCACAGCCGGAGCGGGAACAACCCCUACUUCAAUGAGGUGUUUUGCCAGAAUUUCCGCCAGACGCCGGAGCAGCUGGUGGCACAGCCCAUCCACAUCCAGGUGCUCCGUUCACCAAACAUCUGCACCAAACCCAUCAUCGGUGUCUUCGAGCUCGACGUUGGCACCAUCUACUCUGCCCCAGGCAGAACCUGGGGUGACAGCGGGGUGGCUCCGAUGCCGCGUGACAGCGGUGUCCCCGCCGUGCCAGGGCGCAGCCUGAGCGGGAAGUGGCUGAGCCUGCAGCACCCGCGGCACCGCGACGGCCGCUCCCAGGGCUUGCUGCAGGUCAGCCUGGUCGUGCGCCGAGCCGGAGAGCGCGCCCAGGAGCAGGAGAUGCCGGCGGGGGACAAGGACGUGGAGGCCAACCUGCUGCGGCCAUCGCCCUGCGCCACCACGCUGCAGAUCCGCGUGUUCCGAGCCGAGGACCUGCCACGGGCGGAGCCGGCGCGGCGGUGCCUGGGCGGCACCACGGGCUCGGCCAAGGUGUCGGUGCGGGUCGGCUUUGCGGGCAGGACGCUCUGCACCCGCGGGAUGCCCCCCGAUGCCAGCCCCGAGUGGAACGAGGUUUUGUUCUUCCCCCUGCGGCUGCCCCCCAUCUGUGACGAGAUCCUGCUGGAAAUCCUGUGUGGGUCAUGCCGGAGCAAAGUCCUGGGCAGGGCCACCCUGAGGCUGUCCCAGAUCUCCCGAGACCCCAACGAGCUCGAGGAGGGGACCCCCGGGUUCUUGCCUUCCUUCGGGCCCUGCUUCCUGCCCUUCUACGGCCCCCGGCCCGACUCUGCCAGGGACUCGGGGCUGGUUUAUCAGGGCCGGCUGCUGCUGGAACUCUGCACCCGCGUGGGGACCCCACCCGGGCGCCAGCGCGACGCUGUCGCACCCGUGGACGCCGAGCUGGCCCAGAGCCGCCUGCCCCGCUGCCAGCUGGGGCUCUGCGGGGUUUUCUACUCGGCCACCAUGGUGCCAGGCAGCCCCGAGCCGCUGCGCCUCGAGCUGGGCAUCGGCAGUGCUGCGACCGCCACCGCGCAGGGACUGCCCGUGUCCGACGGGAACCUCUACCACCACCUGCCGUGGUUUGGGGACAAACCAGUGGCUGCUGUCACCUCGCUGUGGGAGGACGCCGGGCACCGCUGGGACAGCCUGAACCUCCUGCGAGCCCUGUGCCAGCACCUGGAGAGGAACCUGGCUGAGCUGCAGUGCCACCGCGGGGACAUCGAUGAGAUCAGGGCGAGGCUGCUGCGGGAACUGGCCCAGGACUGCACGGAUGCCCUGGGCUGGCUGGAGGCGCAGCCCACCCUGACCACCCUGGACCAGCAGCUCCGCAGCUCCCGGCGCCUGCUCCUGCGGCAGCUCCGGCGCGUGGCCGAAGCCGAUCCCCAAAAAACGCCGGAGCUGCGCGGGGACGCGCUGGGGACAGUGGCCCGGGGGUGGCUGCGGCGCGUGGCCGCACUGGCUGUCGAGCCUCAGGCUGGUGUCCCUGACGUGCAGCUGUGGCUGCUGCGGGGCCAGCUGCGGGUGGCCUCGGCUCGUGUCCCCGCCACCGAUGUGCUUCACUCACCACGCGGCCCCAGCGCCUGCGGCCGCCUCUGUGGGAGAGUCCUGAGCCUGUUUCUGGGCUGCGGGGACAUCCAGGCCCACGUGCGGGUCCGGCUGUGGCUGGGACGAGUGGCCGAGAGCGCGGACCUGGCCCGGCUGCUCGAGGGGACCCUGAGCUUCUACAGCGAGACGGUGACAGGAGGGGACAGCGGGAACAGCGGGGAGGGAACAGGGCCAGGAGGGGACAGAGGGGAUAGCACCGGGAGGAGACAGCGGGGACAGCACCGGGGAGGGGACGGCACCGGGGAGGGGGCAUACGAGAACCAGACGCAGCUGCUGGGGAAAUGGGGACCCCGGAAGCUUUUGGGGCGCCCCGCGUUCUCCGACAGCUCCGGCCGGGCGGGCCGCUCCCCGGAGCAGAUCCAGCCCCCCAAGGGCUGGCGCUGGGACGGGCCCUGGAGCGUGGAGCGGCCGCGGCGGGUGCUGGCGCGGCCGGAGCCCGCGGUGAACGUGGUGCUGGAGGAGCUGUUCGAGAACCAGAGCCGCGAUCCCGGAGGGGACUGGAGCCCCUCCGGCACGGCCAUCACGGACGCCAAGGGAGUGGCGGUGCCACUGAAGGAGGAGGUGGCGUGCCCCGAGGGCUGGCGUGUCACCAGUGACUGGCACGUGGACGUGGAGGGGAACGUGGAUAAGGACGGUUGGCAGUACGCCGUGGGCGCAGAGGAUGGCAGCCCCUCGGCAGCGUGGCACAGCAAGGGGCAGCACUGCCACACCCUCCGGCGCCGGCGCUGGGUCCGGCUCCGCCACUGGGACAGCGACAGCUGGACACGGGAGCAGGACAUGGACACCCUCAGCACCCUGCAGGACCCCAAGGAGCUGUGGGAGGACGAGGCCUGGCAGCCCGAGUGCUUCUGGGGCUGCACCUUCCAGCCCAAGGUGCCUGUGGGUCCCCGGUGCCGCCGGCGCCGCUGGCUCCGCAACCUGGUCCCUGCCGAGCCCCCACUGGUGGCACCGGUAUUCCUGCUCCGGGGAGUGCCGGACGCCGAGGACCUGGCCCAGGGCAAUCCAGCUGUGGCCCCGCAGCUGCCGGGGGGCUCCCCCCGAACACUCCUGCAGCAGCCACCCCCCUUCAUCCUCUGCACCUUCCAAAGGUCCGGCCGCUUCCAGCUCCGUUGUUACAUCUUCCAGGCGCUGGAUCUGGCCCCCAGCAGAGCCAGGACCUCCAUAGAUGCCACCGCGCACGUGUCGUUCGUGUCCCUGAGCCAGCGCACGCGAGUGGUGCGCGGGGCCCUGGACCCGCGGUGGGAGCAGACGCUGCUGUUCCCCCGGGUGCUGCUUUUCGGGGACCUCCACCGCAUCCGGGAGGAUCCCCCUCCCGUGGUGGUGGAGGUGUGGGACCAGAGGGGACAGGGCGCCCGUGUUUUCCUGGGGAGGUGCGUGUGCAUCCCGCAGGUGUGGCUGGAUAUGGGACACCGAGAGCCCCCCCGGCUCCAGCCGCACCCCCUGCAGGGGCCGCGGGGCCCGGCCGGGGAGCUCCUGGCUGCCUUCGAACUCUUGCACGAGCCCGAGGACGGGUCCCUGGCUCCGCUCGGUCCCCUGCCUCUGAGGAAGGACGAGUUCGGCAUCCCCCCGGAACUGCAGCCUCGCCUGCAGAGGGUGGCACUGGAGGUGCUGGCCUGGGGGCUGCGGGGGCUGCACGGGGCUGUGCAGGAGCCACGACUGGAGCUGCAGUGGGGGGAGCAGAGCCUGUGGACACCCCCGAUCCAAGAUAUUGCCACCAACCCAAACUUCCCCUGCAACGCCUUUGUGCUCACCCUGGUGCUGCCCGAGGAGAAGUGGUUCAUGCCGCCCAUCCGGCUGCGGCUCUGGGACCGGGCGGACACGGAGCGGCGGCUGCUGCUGGGCCAGUCCAGUAUCAGGGGCCUGGGCCAGUACCGCUGCCACCUGCCCCGCCAGGGGCAGCUCCUGGGCUCUGGCAAUGCCAGCAAUGGCUCUCACAUGGUUGUGACAAUGCCAGAUGAGCUCCUUUCCCUGCCCAUCUCCUCUAGCCACUGGAAACGUUGUUGUUCCUUUUUCCUUGCCACAGCCCCAGCCAGGAUAGCUCAAGACCUGCUUAGCUACCUCAGGAACAAUGGGGCUGAGGACAAGGACGAGGAAGAAGAGGAGGAAGAGGAGGAGGAGGAGGAGAGGGACUGGUGGAGCAAAUUCUAUGCAUCCAUGGAGGAGAAGGACCCCAAAUCUCCACAGGGAACCAACGGGGACAGACUGAAGAUCUACGGUUGCGAGCUGGAGGCAGUGCCCGAGUUCGAGGGGCUGCAGGAUUUCUGCCAGACCUUCCCCCUCUACAAACCGGGCCGUGCCCCUGUGCCUGGGCAGGACCCCGAGCCCGUGGGCAGCUUCAAGGGGCUUUUCCGCAUCUACCCCGUACCCGAGGCGGCUGGAGCGUGCCCCCCCCCCCGCUGCUUCCAGCGCCUGCCGCCCAGUGCCCCACAGGAGUGCCUGGUGCGGGUCUACAUUGUGCGAGCCCUCCACCUGUCCCCCCGCGAUGUCACCGGGCUGAGCGAUCCCUACGUGCGGGUGUCACUGGGCAAGAAAACGCUGGGACAGCGAGACCAGUACGUGCCCAACACCCUGGAGCCCGUUUUCGGCAGGAUGUUUGAGCUGACAGCCACCAUCCCACUGGAGAAGGACCUGCGGGUGACAGUCGUGGACUACAACAAGGUGCCACCAGACCAGGAGAUCGGCAGCACCACCAUCGACCUGGAGAACAGGCUGCUGUCCCACUUCCGUGCCCACUGCGGGCUUCCCACCCUGUACCACACUGCAGGCCCCACGUGCUGGCGGGACCAGCUGUGCCCCAGCCGGACCCUGGAGCUGUUAACGGGGACCCGGGGGCUGCCCGGGCCCCUCUUCAACUCCCAGGGCAACGCUCUGACCCUCAACGGGCAGAGCUUCGAGCUGCGGCACUUUGAGAGGGGUCACCCCCGGCUCCGGCAUCCCGGAGAGCCCCGGGAGCGCCUGGCCCUGCACGUGCUGAACCUGUGCGAGCUUGUCCCGGAGCACCUGGAGACGAGGAGCCUGGAGAACAGCGCCCAGCCCGGGCUGGAGCAGGGCAAGGUGCAGAUGUGGGUGGACAUUUUCCCCACCAGCCUCGGCCCUCCCGGGCCCCCCGUCAACAUCGACCCCCACAAGGCUGAGGGGUAUGAGCUGCGCUGCGUGGUGUGGAGGGUGCAGGACACGGACCUGGGGGACAUCAACCUGCUGGGCCAGCGCAUGAGUGACAUCUACGUGUCCGGGUGGCUGGACGGGCUCCCCGAGCAGCGACAGCAGACCGACAUCCACUAUCGGUCCCAGGACGGGAACGGCGCCUUCAACUGGCGCUUCGUGUUCCCCUUCGAGUUCCUGGCAGCCGAGAAGCUGUGUGCCAUCCACCGCAAAGAGCACGUGUGGAGUUUGGACGAGACGCUGCUGAAGGUGCCACCCAAACUCAUCCUCCAAGUGUGGGACAACGACAAGUUCAAGGCGGACGAUCUGCUGGGGACCCUGGAGCUGGAGCUCACCCAGCUGCGCCGGCCGGCCCGCAGCGCCCACCUGUGCUGGGCCACGCCGCAGGACCUGCCCUGGUUCUCCCGGCCCUGGUGCCGCGCACAGGUGCUGGAGCGCUCCCCUCUGAACCUGUUCCGCAGACGGAGGGCGCGGGGCUGGUGGCCCUGCACCAUGCAGGAGGACAGCGGCCAGCGGCUCUCUGGGAAGCUGCAGCUCAGCCUGGAGCUGCUGACGGCACAGGAGGCAGAGGAGCAGCCGGUAGGGAAGGGUCGGGAGGAGCCCAACAAGCACCCGACGCUACCCGAGCCCAAGCGCCCCAAGUCCUCGUUCCUGUGGCUGCGCUCCCCGGUGAGCCUGUUGCGCCACGGCAUCCCCUGGCGCUACUUGCUCUGGAUCGGCCUGGGGCUGGCGGCCUUCCUGCUGCUCCUGGUGCUCCUCCAUUCCUUCUUCCCGGGCUCUUUGGUGGUGAAGGUGACUGACCCGCGCCAGCUCCUGCAUCCCUCCGGCAAGGAGCAACCGGGCACGGAGUGUCCCCUGGGCGGGAGGGGAACAAAAGCCUGA